UCUGACGACUAUUUGCUCAGGCCUGAAUCAUCAAGACACCAUCUCGAGAAACAAUGAACAGCAGUCGUGUUCAACAUGCCGCAGUCGUCUCCCUUUUUCUGCUGCUUCUCAUGUUGUUUGUGAGUGGUGCUUUCACCAAGGAGGACAAACAACUGAAUCCGUUGGAGGAGUAUGGAAUCCUAGUCACACUGAUAACAUAUUUUUUGCGAGUGAUUACUCUUGCAGCCGUCCCGUUGAGCGUGGCAAAUUUCUUGGGCAUCAUAUUCUUCAAUACUUUUCCGGAACCUCCAACACUCAAAGGAUCCCCAUUACUAGCUCCGUUUAUAUGUUUCCGUGUUGUUACUAAAGGCGAUUUCCCAGAACUCGUCAAAGACAACUUGAGGAGAAACAUGGAGACCUGCUGUCAGGCUGGAGUAGACAACUGCAUGUUUGAGGUGGUCACAGAUAAGGCCAUCCACCUUGCCAAGAUGCCGGGGGUUCGAGAAAUUGUGGUCCCCGACACCUAUGUCACCUCCCAGGGGUCGUUGUUCAAAGCCCGCGCCCUGCAGUACUGUUUGGAGGAUGGUGUAAACAUGCUGAAUGAUGAUGACUGGAUUGUACACUUAGACGAAGAAACCUUGUUGACAAAGAAUUCCGCUAUAGGUAUAUUCAACUUUGUAACUGAGGGUUCCCACCAUUUUGGACAAGGUGUCAUUACUUAUGGAUCAGGGCAUGUGGUGAACUGGGUGACAACGCUUAUUGACAGUGUUCGUGUAGCUAUAGACUACGGUGCUCUUCGCUUUUGCUUUAAAGUCUUCCACAAGCCUAUAUUCAACUGGAAAGGGUCCUUUAACGUGUCCAAUGUGGCGGCUGAACGGAGAGUGAAUUAUGACCACGGCCCUGAAGCCUCCAUUGCCGAGGAUUGUUACUUUGGCAUUUUGGCCAGCAGUAUGGGCUAUAGUUUUGGCUUUGUGGAAGGUGAAAUGAACGAACAAAGUACGUUCACUUUUGUAGAUUUCAUGCGACAACGAAGACGGUGGGCACAGGGUAUCUACCUUGCCUGGAAAUCUUGCCCGGUACAACAUCAAUACAAAGCUGGUAUAUUUUUUCUUGUAGUUGCAAUGCACUUGAUGCCGCUGAGUGCUGUAGCCCUCCUACUCUCUCUUACCUGUCCAGUUCCACUCUCUCUUCCAUCAAAGCUUGUGUUUGGAUUCCUUGGCGCUGUGUUUCUCUUUUUGUUUGUUUUUGGUGCGGUAAAAUCCCUUAAUAGGCGGAGACUUGGACUUGUUAAAUAUGCCCUGUUGUGUAUCUCCACUCUGCUGGUUAUCCCGGUGGCCUACACACUGGAAGUAUCUGCAGUAAUAUGGGCUAUUGGAUCAAAUAAGAUUAACUUUCAUGUAGUGAAAAAAGGGAGAGUAGAAGCCAAGCAGACGUACAGCAAGACCGAAACUGUCUUGAUGGCUUGAAGGAAGACAAAAUAAUUUUUGACAAAUUAUUUCAUUGUCAUUAUAGAAGAAAUAGAAAUGAAAAUAUCAUUCUUAGUGCUGAAUGUGUGUAGUGAUUACAUGUCUAAUUAAAUAUGAGCUGUCAGUUUUAAGGCUGAAUGUCUCUACUGAUUACAUGCCUAAUUAUACAUGAAGUCCGUUCUAAGGCUGAAUGUAUGAAGUGAUUACAUGCCUAAUUAUAUAUUAGCUGUCAGUUUUAAGGGUGAAUGUGUGAAGUGAUUACAUGCCUAAUUAUAUAUUAGCUGUCAGUUUUAAGGCUGAAUGUCUCUACUGAUUACAUGCCUAAUUAUAUGACCUGUCAGUUUUAAGCCGAAUGUAUGAAGUGAUUACAUGCCUAAUUAUAUAUGAGCUGUCAGUUUUAAGGCUGAAUGUAUGAAGUGAUUACAUGCCUAAUUAUAUAUGAGCUGUCAGUUUUAAGGCUGAAUGUAUGAAGUGAUUACAUGCCUAAUUAUAUAUGAGCUGUCAUUUCUAAGGCUGAAGGCAUCUAGUAAUAACAUUCAUUUCAUUUCUAAGAAAUCUGUGAUUUGUAGAGAUGAGAGAACUAAAGAAGCUAAUCCUGUACUGGUGUGAGAGAAUUGCCAACAUAUUGUCAGGCCACAUCAAUUCAGAUUUUUGUUUUAUGGGCAGAAUGAAUCUUUUGUCGGAGAAGGAUAUAAAAAUAACAAUAGAACUGAAAACCCAUCUACAUGUAACAGAAGAAAGGUUCUGUUAAAAACAUAUUUUACGUGAUCGGAAAGCCUUGAAAAACUGGAUAAUCUUAAACAGUAAGAUCGAGCAAAAUAAAAAGAGGGAUUUUCAGUUAAAUUUGUAUUCCGUUUUUUAGUAUUGGCUUGCUCAAAAAAGGCGAAACAAAAUUGGUGUCCCCUUCAUGUGAAACGCAUUACCAUGUGACUGCCUAGAUGCAGUAUUGUGAUUGAAUGGUGUGAAUGAUACCAGAGCGCCAUUCAUGUAUCAACAUUAUUACAUCUCAACAAACUACAUACAUGUAUACCUCAAGUUCUCCAUGGUGGAUCCAGAGUGAAAGGUUUAAUCAGUUGAUUCAUUUACAUGUACAUGCAUUUGAUUAUGUAUUUGGUAUAGUAUUUGUGGAUGGCAGUGAUAUAAAAUGAUGUGUAAAAUAAAUAAAACCUGCCCAAAGUUUACAUGUGUUCAUAUUCUUAUCCUAAGAAAAUUGACUUAGUUUCCUUUAUCACAAUGUAGCAGACAAUUCUACCACCAGAGAAUAGAAUUGCUAGUUUAACAUUAUAUUAUUCCAAUACUUAUAUGCAAUCUAACCUGUGGAAAUUUAGCUACUGUGAAGCUCAAGCAAGCUUUUCUUCUGUCAUAGUGCCCAGUAGCUGAACCAUCAUGUUAGUUUACUAACAUCAAUCCUUGGUCUUAACCCAAACAUUUACAUAUUAAGCUUUUUUCUCGUUUCCAAAAUGUACAGUGGAUCUGUUUAUUGACUGCUUCCUGUGAAAUGUUUGAGAUUUCAUGUUUAGAGUAAAUAUUAUUUCAUAAUUGUGUGUAGACUGCACUUCUGCCUGGGUGUAUGUCGUUGUUGUACAAACUUUGGUACACAUCGACUGAAUGAAUGCUUUUAUAUCUGCCUAAACUGUUUUCCUUGAAUUGUUUUUCU